AUGCCCCAACCCCAACUCCAAGUCGAAAAUAAAAAAGAAAAAAGAAAAAACCCACUUUUGUUAACGUUUACGACUGACCUGUCAUUCUCCUAUUUUCUUUUGAAUUUUCUUUUGGAAGGACUUUUAUUUUCAGGCCUAGAAGCUGUCUUCGUGUUAUACUGGUACUACUGCCACGACUCCGAGCGAGGGUUUUUCCUUCCUCCCAAGUUUCUUGAAUCCAUGUUUUCCAUUCUCGGGAAAUCAUCCCUUCUCGGAGGCAUAUCGUCAACGCAAUCUCUCCUUCAGCAUCUCAACAAUUGCAUCGUGUUCGAAACGAAUGGCUACUUGCCACUGCCAGCCAGGUACUGUAAUUCAACUACAUUAAAUGGGCAUUCUUUCACUUUCUCAUAUCUCAUUGAUACAUGUGGCUUCUCACCAGAUCAAGCUGUUUCAGCUUCCAAGUAUGUCAGCUUCCAAACACGAGAAAAACCAGAUUUGGUUAUCAAUUUCCUGAAGAAUCUCGGAUUCACAAAAUCCCAGAUUCUUCGUUUCACGAGUGAAGUCCCACAGUGUCUUCGAUCUGUCCCUGAGAAAACCUUACUGCCGAAGAUUGAGUUUUUCAUAUCCAGAGGCGUUUCCCGCUCAGACAUCCCUAGGCUCUUCUCAUUCCCUUCCUUUGAUUUCUUCCGAGAUUUGUUUCAAUCUGAUGACACGCUCGUUAAAGCUCUUACGCAUUGCUCUGGCAUUCUUCUUGAUAUUAAAACCCAUGCCGUGCCCAAUAUGAAGCUAUUAAGGCAAGUCGGAGUUCCUGAAGCAAAUGUCGGCAAAUUGUUGCAAUGGUAUCCUAGGACAAUUACUAAAAGUGCUGGAAAAUUCAAGGUGAUAGUGGAGGAACUUCAGGAAAUGAAGUUUGAUCCUUUCAAAGUUCAAUUUAUUAUGGCUGUCUUUGCUUUGUCGUCACUAAGCAAAUCUACAUGGUCAAAAAAGGUUGAUGUGUAUAAGAAGUGGGGCUGGUCUGACAAUGACAUUAUUGCUGCUUUUAGAAAGUCUCCAUUUUGUAUGAAGUCAUCUGAAGAUAAAAUUGAUGCUAUAUUGGAGAUUCUUGUUGAUAAAUUGGACUGUUCGCCUUCCACUAUUUCCAAUUAUGCUGUAAUUCUGACAUCGAAUUUGAAUAAGCGAGUUGUUCCUCGGGCUUCUGUCAUUCAAAUGUUGUUGUCAAAGGGUCUGAUGAAAAAGAAGAGCAUGCUCUCAAUGUUUGUCUGCACUGAAAGGGAUUUUUUGAAUAAAUUUAUCCUGUGUCAUAAGGAGGAAGCUAGUGAACUCCUGAAGCUGUAUGAGUCUAAACUAAACUGAAUCUUGCAAGGUGAAUGAAAAAUGGAAAGGUUAAGUUAUGGAUUUGGGCUAUUCACCAAAAAAAAAAAUGUUAUGGAUUUGGGCUGAGAUGAUGCAAGCCCCUUGUCAUUACAUUUCUUUUGUCGUAUGAUGCAUUACCUUGUUAAUUU